CCCGGGACUUCCGGCCCCGGGGCUGCCUUGCCAGGACUCGCAAGGUAGAGCCCGCUGCUUUCUAGACGAACAGGAAUUGCAGCUGAGAUAUUCUUCCACAAUCUUAGCCACCACCCGCGGGAGCGGGGCCGGCCCUUUUCCUGUCUCUCCUUCUUACCAGUCUUGAUGUAGCUUCUUCUAUAAAUCCAUGGUUAUGAAACUUCUGUUCAAAAUGGACUCAGAAACCAAGGAAGAAAUUCCAGUGAACGAGGAAUUCAUUUUAUGUGGGGGAGUUGAAACCCAGGUUCUAAAAUGUGGGCCCUGGACCAACCUCGUUAAUGAUCCCAGUGCCAAAAGGCCUAAGCUGCUUAUUUUCAUUAUUACCGGAAACCCAGGUAUUCCUGCCUUUUAUGUGCCGUUUGCAAAGGCUUUAUACUCUUUAAUAAACAAACGCUUUCCAGUUUGGGUCACCAGUUUUGCUGGGCAAGUUCUGGCCCCCAAAGACAAGAAGAUUCUUACAACCCUGGAUGAUCCAAAUGCUCAAGAAAUCCAGGACAUCUAUGGACUCCGUGGUCAAGUAGAACACAAGAUAGCUUUCCUGAGAACUCAUGUGCCAAAAGAAACCAAGCUGGUGCUCAUUGGCCAUUCAAUAGGCAGCUACAUUUGCCUUCAGAUUUUGAAGCAUGCCCCCGAGAUCCCAAUAAUUCGCUCCAUUCUGCUCUUUCCCACAAUUGAGCGAAUGUCCGAGACACCCAACGGCAGGAUCGCCACUCCAUUCUUGUGCUGGCUUCGAUAUGCCCUCUAUGCUGGCAGCUACUUCUUGCUUAAACCGUGCCCAGAGAAACUCAAGUCCUGGCUGAUCAGAGUGGUCCUUGAAAGGAUGAACUUUCAGAGUGAAGUCUCGCCCCUGAGUUCACUGGAGCCGUUCUGCAUGGCUAAUGCUGCCUAUCUUGGGAGCCAAGAAAUGAGGCAGGUGUUGAAGAGAGACAAUGAAACCAUAAAGGAGCACUUACCCAAGCUUACAUUUUACUAUGGAACUAUAGAUCCUUGGUGUCCAAAAGAGUACUAUGAAGACAUAAAGAAAGAUUUUCCAGAAGGAGAUAUUCGACUCUGUGAGAAAAAUAUCAGACACGCUUUUGUCCUCUACUCUAACCAGGAAAUGGCUGAGAUGGUAGCUGACUGGCUAAAGGAUGAUCUGGCCAAAAUAGAAGCAGAGGCAUAAGGAGACAAGGACUGACUGCUGGCGCAGAGAGGCAGGGGCCCUGACUCUUAGCAGGAAGUAGUAGACUUAGUAGGUAAAUGCUUUAUUUCAAUAUUUGAUAUUGGAAGUAAAAAAAAGUGAGAACCUCUUAGCUUAAAAAUUACCAGCUCCCAGUUUCCCAUGGUACAAGGCUGAAGCAAACAUAGUUAAUGAAACAUUCCUUAUGUUUAACCACACACUUUCCCAGACUCAGGAACAUAGGGAUCUAAACAGGUCUCUGAGGUUUGCAAGAGAUGCCCUGGGGCACCAUGCAGUUUAUGUUGGUAGGCAGGAUCCUUGCAGACAAAAGGAAGUCUGAACUUAGUUGAUUUUGACUUACAUUAUAGAAAACGGUCUCCUAGAGGAGAUGAGGAGAUACCUGCUAGAAAAUAUAAAAGAGAUCAGUGAAUGUUCCAUGUAUGGUCAGAUACUUGAAGAGUAUAAGCUCACCAGGAGGUUACCCUCACACUCCAGAUCUUGGCAGUGGACCAGAGUAUCCCUUAAGGACAGAAGCCAGAGAUCACCCAAAGCAGAGGCCUUGGCUGAGGUCAUCAGAAUCAGGCCGGGUCCCGGGACAGCCUGCAGGCAGACCUGUGUCACAAACCACCAAGUCAGCCUCGUAUCUGGCCACCAGUGGCACAGGCCACGCGGAGCCCACCUCAGGGGCAGCACUGCCCGUGCCAGGACUGUGACUUCCUGGUCUACCUGCGCCAGACAGAGACUCUACUUCACCGGACAUUCCUCUGCUCAACUAAGCAGACAAGAGUUGUCGAAGGAUCCUGACUGCGUCUCCUGCCACAAGACAGCCAGCGGGCUCCGGGCUGGGCCUUAGCCUGCCGGGUUGGGAGCUCACUGCAGGCUCCGUGUCUCCAGAGCAAGGACCAGGAGGCCCUGGGCUGUCCCAGGUCAGCCUGUCCCUACCAAACACAGUUACCCCUUCUGUGCUUUCCUUCCUGAGGACCAGCAAUGAGACAAGUGCCAUGCUAGGCAUUGAGGAUAGAGUCUGAACUACUCUUAAUGUCUUAAUGUCAACUAGGAUAGAGUUGACAUUAUGAUUCCUAUCUUCUGAUGAUCUUCCACUAAGUCAUUUUCAAAAGGGCACCUUUAAAUUGCUAAAUAGAGAAUUACCAUUACCAUAAAUGAUUGUUCCAUUUCUGCAUUAGCAUAUUAGUUGUAAAGGAAUUGUUUUACUAAUGAACCAAAACAAGUCAUUGAGUUAUAUAAAUUCACCUCCUGUGGGCACCUUGAGAUCCAGUGGAGGAGCAGCUUAUUCACCAGCCUAGAGGGGGCCAACAAUAUUGCUGCCUUCCCCAAACUGACUCAAUCCUGGGGCCUUGGGAGCCAAUAAAUGGCACCGAGCGCAGUGAUGGCCCACCACAGAUCAGAAACAUUCGGUUUUCUCCUGGAGGAAUCCCUCGGGCUUAAGGACAAUGGGGUGUUGGCCUUCCUCUCAAAACCUAAGACCCCUAUGAAAGAUUCGGCCCUGGUACUCUGCCAACCCCGUGGUGAGCACUUAAGCAGUUACUAGUAGAUGGGGGCUUCUGCAGCAGAGUAAAUGGCUUCAGAGGGGCAGAUCCAAGCUCCAGGCAAGAAGCAAUCUUGGCUCCAGAGAGGAGCCAGCGCACACCUAGGCCACUGGCACGGGGCCGCACAUGUGUUCCCUACUGGCACCUGCAGGGAAGGCUUUCGAGAGAUCUGGCAUUAGCGGUUGAGACUCCCAGCUCGGAAGUGCCUUGCAUAUGGGAGGUGCUCAGUGUUGGAGCAAGUACUGGGUGAAUUGUAUCUACUGAAACAAAGACCAGCGGCCUCAGCUUGUUUUAGCAUCAUUUCACAACCUUACUCCAUGUUUCAAAAGUCCACAAGUGUGAAAUUAUCUUUUUGUUUCUCAGAGCUUCCAAAAUGAUCACAAGUAAAAUGAUAAAAUAUUACUGGCUCUCAUUCCUGUUUAUCAUCUAAGCAUCAAAUAAAUUUUUGAAAUAAAUGUUUCUCCAGCACUUACGAGCUUGCCUGGCCCGAUCUCCGUGUGUUGGGGGAGGAGGGGCACAGUCUGAGCAGUACUCCUGAGUCGCUCAGGUCAGAGUCGCUCUGUGAAAUGGAAAAGGCACUUUUCUCAAAGUUUCUUUUAGAGAAGGAAGAAUCAGAUUUCAGGAGGUUGAAGCUCAUUUUAUUUCAGUAGGAAUUAAACACAAGACCCUAUAAAUGCGUCCAUGCAUCUAAUGCGAUGAUAUGAGGCGACGAGGUACGGGAGGGAACUCCAGAGGCCUUACAAUCUGUGCCGUUUGUAGGCAGCUCUGUCGAAUUUCUCCAUGCCUCGCUGCUCAUUCAUAAUAUAGGGUUAAUAAUAAUGCAUACCUCAUACCGCUGGAAGGAUUAGAGAAGAUGAUAAAAUU